UCAGUACUUUGAUAAAACUGAUGUUUAAGUAUUAAUAAUAUUAUUUACCAUUACACGUAUCUCAUUAGAUUUAGUGAAUAUGAAUAGGUACUUGUUUACACUAGUGUGUAUAGUCGUUUCAGUAACUUCUGACUCAAACAAAGACUCUUGUAACAAAGAUGAAGAAGUUUGCUCUCAAAAACACAACAAAUACAGUAAAGAAGCAAACGAAGUGUCAUCAAAAAUCAAAGAAAGUAUUAAUUUAGCUGCACAACAGUAUGUGCCCUGUAAAAGCGCUAAUUGUAGCUGUCAUAAGUCAGUAAUUGACCAAGACUUGGCCCCAUUUGCCACUGGUAUAACUAAAGAACUAUUUAACACUGCUCGCGCAAAGGCAACAAAGUAUCAGAUAAUUAAUGGCAAACUGUACAGGGAGAAAGAAUGUCAUUUUCCAGCAAGAUGUGCUGGAGUUGAACAUUACUUGACAGCACUGGCAUCGAAAAUGCCAAAUUUAGAAAUAGCACUGAAUACAAGAGACUGGCCUCAAGUAAACCAAGCUUGGGGGCAUCCUAAAGCACCAGUAUUUUCUUUUAGUAAGACUAAAGAUUAUUAUGAUAUCAUGUAUCCUGCCUGGAGUUUCUGGGAAGGAGGCCCAGCUAUCUCAUUAUACCCUACUGGCAUUGGCCGAUGGGAUAUACACAGAAUCUCAAUUACAGAAUCUUCUGAAAAAUGGCCUUGGGGAGAGAAAGAGAAUAAGGGAUUCUUUAGAGGGUCGAGGACAAGUGAAGAACGGGAUGCUUUAAUCUUGCUCUCUAGAUCUGAACCUGAUCUUGUUGACGCUCAGUACACAAAGAAUCAGGCCUGGAAGUCUGAUCUGGAUACUCUAUAUGCACCAGCAGCUUCUGAGGUAUCAUUUGAAGACCAUUGCAAGUACAAAUACCUUUUCAACUAUAGAGGAGUAGCUGCUAGCUUUAGAUUUAAGCAUUUGUUUCUAUGCAAAUCAUUAGUAUUCCAUGUUGGUGAUCAAUGGCUUGAAUUCUUCUACCCAUCAUUGAAACCAUGGGUACAUUACAUUCCUAUCAGCACAAAAGCCACGCAAGAAGAGAUAAAGGAUUUAAUUAUCUUUUUUAAGAAUAAUGACGCGAUAGCUAAAGAAAUCGCGGAUAGAGGCUACCAACAUAUUUGGGAACAUCUCACUGACAAAGAUGUCAAAUGUUACUGGAGAAAACUGUUAAAAAAAUAUGUAAAGCUUGUCAAAUACAAUGUUGUGAAAGAUAAUGAUCUGAGAUUAAUAUCCUAGAUAAGAAUUACAAAUAAAUCUAAUAUGAUCUAAUUGUUGUCAAAAUGUUUAACAAAGGAAUGUAUUUUUGGCAAGUUUUUAAGUCAUUCCAAUUUCCAGUACACAACAUUCUUUUUUUACUUAAGUAAGUUAGGCAAAA